UUCCAGCCCCCUCCCGAGCCGCUGCGUGGGUCUGCCCCGCGGCGGAGCGGCAGCGUUUCGGUGCCCACGCGCGUGGAGGAGCUCGGGCGCAUCGCGUCCUGGGACCAGUGCCAAGGUGGCUUAGUGCUGCUUGCUGUCCCCUAGGAGUGACUUUGCUGUGGGUUUGCUUGCUCUCUGCAGACAACACGGCCGCGGUGCACACACAAAGAGUGGGCUUCAAUCGCCAAGAGCAGGACGUGUAUUUGCUGCCCAUCCUGGUGGUGGACAGCGGCCCCCCGGCCCUCAGCAGCACGGGGACUCUGACCAUCCGCGUGUGUGGCUGCGACAGCAGUGGGGCCAUCCAGUCCUGCAACAGCACGGCCUACGUCAUGUCUGCCACGCUGAGCCCCGGCGCGCUCAUCGCUCUGCUGGUGUGCAUCCUCAUUCUGAUCGUGCUGGUCCUUCUGAUCCUUACGUUGAAGCGACACCACAAAAGCCACCUGACAUCCGAGGAUGACGAGGACAUGAGGGACAAUGUCAUCAAAUACAAUGAUGAAGGGGGUGGCGAGCAGGACACAGAGGCCUAUGAUAUGUCAGCCCUGCGCAGCCUCUACGACUUCAGCGAGAUCAAAGGUGGUGACGGUGGAGGGGGGCCAGGAGAGGGAGGUCUGAGUGGAAACCUGGCCUCUGAGCUCCACGCCCUCCCGCAGUGGGUGCAGAACCCAGACCUGGACUUCUCCGUCUUCAGGGACUAUAUCUGCAAGAAGGUGGAGCAGGCGGAUGAGGACAUCUCAGUGCCGCCUUACGACUCGUUCCAGACCUACGCCUUCGAGGGCUCGGACUCCCCCAUCCCCUCCCUGAGCUCCAUCAACACCUGGUCCAGCGGCUCGGAGCAGGACUUCUCCUACCUGGGGGGCUGGGGGCCACGUUUCCGGCAGCUGGCUGCGCUCUACAUGGGGCGCAAGGGUGAGGAGGAGGGCGAGGAGUCCUAGCUGCCCUGGCCAAAGCCCCGGAGCGAGGCACGGGGCGCGUGCCAGACUGGGGCCCCCACGCAGGGCGCUGCACGAGCGCGUGCCCAGGACAGCG